AGUUGGAAGCUUAUACCAAGCCAUUAUAUAUCCCCUCAAGCGGUCGGCGGCGAAGCCAUCAGGUUCAGUGGAGACCGAGCCACCCGCGAGUCAUCAGAAAACACAUCCGGCGACGGAGACCUCCCUCGCUCCUCCUCUUGGUCAUCGGCUGAUCUACACCAUGGAGCGGAGGACGGUAAUCGAGAAGACAUGCUUAGCAACUUGCCUGAUCAUAUUUUGCUCACCAUUCUUGACCGGCUCAAUGUUCGCGACGCUGCAAGAACCUGUGUCCUCUCCCGACGGUGGCAGCAGCUCCCUGCUAUGCUCUCUCAAAUUAAGAUAGACGUUUUGGAUUUCCUCCCUGAGGGAACAACUGCAUGCUACCAACGCGAAAUUGUUCGAAUCAAUGGAGCUGCGGUUGAAGCAACAAAGAGCAUCAUGUCACGCAGGGAUCCAAGCCGAAACACCAUCCACCUCCUGUCCAUGAAGUUCUUUUUGAGAGACAAUGACACCAUAUCCAUUGGACAUGCUCUUGGACAGAUCAUGGCUACCCACAAGGUUGAGAUAGCCCAAUUCGCAAUUUUGACAGAGGCGCAUUACUCCCGCCGCGGCGAUGAUGAUCUGGUCUACUAUGGGAGAAAUUUUAUGUUGUUCUUUGAAGCUUGCCCGGGUGCAUUUGGUGGUCUCACGUGCCUCAAACUGCAGGAUUUGAGAUUUGGUAAAUCAGACAUCUGUAAUGUCCUCCUUACCUGCAAGCAACUAAAACACCUACGCAUGUUCAAUUGCGACUCAGGGGUUUGGGCCACACUGCAAGUUGAACACCUGCAGCUCAGUGAGCUUGAGAUCGUUAAUUGUUCAUUUAGAAAAGUCGUGCUCAUCUCCCUCCCAAAACUCACACAGAUGGCCUUUCAUGGUUGGAUCGCUUUCCAAGAUCCACUAUCAGUUGGUGAUGUACCAUUGCUCGAGACUGUAGAUCUCACCAAUGUUUGUCUUAGUAGCCACAAAAUGGUCAAGUUAAGUGAGUUUCUUGGUGGCACCUCUGUGCGUAACCUGAGGUUAGGAUUUGAGAGCGAAAAGAUUUGGGUGCAACCAGAACAUCUGACGAGACAGCUGGCAUCCGUGUUCUGCCAGCUAACUUUUGUGCAUAUGGCUGAAAUUCCAGAAGGGUAUGACCUCUCCUGGUCAUUGUUCAUUCUUGAAGCUGCACCCAACUUGAAGGAGCUAUAUUUGACGGUGUGGGAUCAUUUGUGUACAAUGGAAAUGGACAGGGAGAAGAGGAGGGCACUCUCGUAUAGCAUAAGGAAGGGUGUAAGGUGGGAAUCAUCUGCAUCUCGUUUCCAGCACCGGCGUCUGGAAACACUAGUAAUCUUUGGUUUUGAAUCUGAAGAAUACAUGCUGACGCAUGUCAGGUGUGUCAUGGAAGCAGCGGUGAAUCUAAAGAAUGUGUUCCUAUACAAUAGGCUGGCGUGUAAGAUGUGCCGCGACAACCCUCCGCCGUCCAGCUUCCCCUUUGCUGAGACUAAGAAGCUUUUGGUGGAGAAGAUAAUUACCAGUGGGAUCGAUUCAGCUGCCUCAAUUCACUUCCUGGCCGGCAAAACUAUAUGGGCUUCUCAUGUUGCAAAGAAGAACUUCCCAUAGUGUCUUCAAUUCAAGUUUGUGUUGUAACUUGUAAUGCCCUUUGUGCCAAAGCUGAUAACAUAAUUUGAGUCAACUUUAGUAUUCCUUGAUUGAAUGAAGUGUAAGUUUAAUCCUGGCAGCAUUUUGUUUUAUCAGUAAGCUGGGAACAUAUGCUCCUUUUUGUGGUCAAUUAAUGUGACCUGGAACUAACUUAACAGUUUAACAUGGAAAAAAAAAUACUCUGCCCGAUCCA